CCCUCCCUAAAAAAUCUUGAAAGAGGUUGAAUUUGAGGUUAAGGUCAUGAAUAUUGUGGAGUAAGUACCCAGGGCCUGGGGCUACGACUUGAGCGGUAAAAAAAAGCUGGAAAUGUAGGGUUUUCCUCAAAACGUUUGCAACUAGAUUUUAGCAGAACGGUUAUUAUUUUACAGGGAACACUGACAGCUUGAAGGCAACAUGGGAAACACUGGUGGCAAGAGAGAAGGGAAGGACCCUGGGGGACCCCUGUCGCCGACAAAGGAGACGCCCAGCACUUUUGACUUUGUCCACGGCAAGGGUGGCAUACUCCAGCAGGCAUCCAUGGACGAUAGCUUGGACUUGCCUCCAGGAACCUUGAAGGAAAUGCUGAAUCGACAAUCGGAGCUACCAGAUCAGAGAAUGAGAGUGAAAAUGAUGGAGUCACCGGGCAUGGAGAACAAACACAGCCCGGUGGUCUUCAAAUGGGAAGGAGGCGGGAAGAACGUCUUCAUAUCAGGCUCGUUCAACCAAUGGACUUCCAAAAUACCACUGACUAAAAGUCAUGGAGAUUUUACUACCAUAUUAGAGCUGCCUGAGGGUGACUACCAAUACAAGUACUAUGUGGAUGGCCAGUGGCAGCAUAAUCCCAAACAGCCAACCAAAGCUAAUGAAUUUGGUGCCAUCAACAAUGUUCUCAAGGUGUCAAAAACAGACUUUGAGGUAUUUGACGCACUAGCAAUAGAUUCGUCAACAAGCGGCACAAAGCAAAGAAACUUGUCUGGUUCCCCGCCCGGCAGCUACGGUCAGGAGAUCCCUACCAGGGAGAUGCAAACCAAUGCCAGCGGCCCACCCUUCCUACCACCUCACCUACUCAAUGUCUUACUCAACAAAGAUGUUGGGGCACAGUACGAGCCAACCCUUCUACCUGAACCAAAUCAUGUGAUGUUGAAUCAUCUCUACGCAUUGUCAAUAAAGGAUGGUGUCAUGGUGUUGAGUGCUACGCAUCGUUACAGAAAGAAAUACGUCACCACACUUCUGUAUAAGCCCAUAUAAAUGUUGAUGUGUGUUGUUUGUAUAGAUUUAUGAAAGAGUAUACAUGUAGCUAGAACAGUAUUUAGCAGUGGGUACUUCCAAACUGUACUGACCACCUGUUCUGGACCUUUUGUGUACAUGAUAGUGGAUGAUAUUGUUUGUUGAAAUACAAUUUGGCCAAGGCCACUGCAAUCUCAUCUUAUGCUAGGCACCUGUAACUCACAAUUCAAGCAUUGGCAGAAAACCCACUGUGGACAGUAGCUCUGACCGACUGUCAUCAGACAUUGGUCACCUGCAUUCAGCUCUUUUGGUUUGCAAGGUUGUCUCCUUGACACCCUCUUUGCAGGUUUGUGCUGGUCCUUGGUUAAUGUCAAGCACAAAGCACCGUUGCUCUUUUCUGCAUUGGGGGGGUCCCCUCAGUAACUCAUCCUAUAGCAGCAGUCACUGCAUUGGUAACAGAGCUUGGUCUGUCAACAAGAGGGAAAAGUACUGUCAGGUCAGAGCUUAACAGAGGUGGUAUUUUGCACUUGGUCCGACUGAAUCUGUGUGGCAGCAAGUGAUCAUAUGAUCCUGUGAAAAGAGGUGGCAAAUUUUUUUAAUGUCUCGAAGUCAGGUCUGCCGAAAUAAAGCUUCCAUGGAACACUCUGCAAUUUGCUGGCCCAGUUUUAGCAUAUGAAGCAAGCCUGGUUGCGGUGUGAUCAAAGUUACGCAAAGAGAAAUGAGCAUGUAAAUUACCCACAGUAUUAAAGAGAGAAUUUCCCUUAAACUCCUCACUGCAUUCUAUGCAUGUAGAGCAACCUGAGUUGUGUUACCUGGUUUUCUUACACAUAAUAAGGCAAGCACCUGUAUGAAUGGGAUGAUGUACAGAUAAUGAAUGUCAGAGUGCUGUGGUGAGGAAGAAUUACCUUCAGUGACAUGAUUGAAUGUUCCAAUCCACUUGGCUUCACGUCAUUGGACUGGGACACUCAGUCUGUCGCCUCAUUGCAUUAUUCUGUCCAUUGCACAAGUGUGGAGCAUACAUUAUGGGCCUUAUGCAACUCCUGAACAAAUCCUCUUCGUGUACCAGUCGCUGUUUUACUUUCUCAGUUUUGCGUAAAAAGCGCGACACAAACUUCUCAUGUUCCCAGUCGCGACUAAAAUUUUGUCUGUUUGAAGAGCCACAACUGUGCCUUCCCUGUGGUACUGCUUGUGUGGUACAGCACUCUUUGCCCUUGUGAAAAAAAUCCCACACUGCCCCUACAUGUUCUGUGCACACAUGUCGUUCAUUGAUACUUUGAAUAGAGUUGCACUGUUGAGUGAACCGAAUUAGUCAAUGACAUGUAAACGCCAGCCCACCAAUCCGUUGAUGGGGAUUUAUUCAGGUGUUGUAUAAACUACAAGAGUGCACUUUUGGGUGUUGCUGGGUCGUUCCGUGUUUGAGAAUUUCUUGAUUGUAUUCACGAUGGUUUAUUUUAAAGUCAUUUUUGUCUGAGAAUCCACACGCUUGGCGUAAGCUCAGGGUCCUGAAUAAAGUGGCAAGCUGCAUGAACUUGUAACUAUGGGUUUAGCAGUUACACAGAGGAUAUCAUGAUGGAAGAUAAAAUAAUUCUCCAGUUGCAGUGCCCUUCAAAAAUCCUGUUUCCUAGUGAUAAAUGUAUUGUAAUAUAGCCUGUAAUUUAAUUGAUAUUUGUAGCAUGUUGUGUCAGUUGCGCUUCCAAGCCUGUCACAAAUAACUAGCAACAGGAAUAGCUCAUCAAAACUGUAAAUAGUGAAGUCUGAAAUGUGCCGAGAUGUCAUUACUUGGUAGAGUUAUGGAUGAUUGUUUCAUGUUUGUACAUGCAAGGGAAUCCUCCCUUUUGACAGCUUUAUUUCUCAGGGUAUUUGAGAAGACUUUAGCAACUAGCCCUGAAGAAAAGUGUUUAGUCAUAUGUUUAGACUUGUGGAAAAACAACAAGUUCAGUCUUCUCCCUGAAAGCCUACGCCUGUUGGGCUGUUCCUGAUGCCUGUUGGGCUGUUCCUGAUGACCAGAAGCCAGUCAAAUGGGGAGUGUUACUCUGUCAUAAUCAGUAUGUGCUGGUACCUAGCAGGAUGCAUGUUGAGUGCAUGAGUGAGACACUGCUUAGGUUGGAAAAGUAAAUUUGCAAGUUGUAAAUGUAUCCCGCACAGCGUGAUGGUGUUGAUAUAUAAAGAUUUAGGCUUGGUUCAGAAGUGGGACUUGGGACGUUGGAAGCCACUUCGUAUAGAUGUGUGUGUGUGUACUUCUGGUUGCUGCCAGUUGAUGUGGACAUAGCCAUUAAGAGACUGCGGUAAAGCAAGUGUGAAGCCUGGGGCCCAUUUCAUGGUGCUAAGUACAGGAAGAUUGCUUGGCUGUGGCUCAGCUUCUACCAUAGACUUGUGUGUAAGUUCAGACCACAGCCAGGUAAUGCAAGCAUGGCUAUACUUGUCUGGCGAAAUGGGAUACCAUCCACAGCACUGCAAAACGUAUGUUGCUUGUGAGUGGAGACCAAUUUUAUGACUUUGAUAGCCACAGAAUUCCACCACAUUUUGCUUUUGCAGCACCACCAAAAGAAUUCUGCAGUGACCGUGUAAGCAAGAAUCCUUUUAUGAGGGGGUUUUUUGUCACUAACCUGCAAAUACGCUAUACCCCAACAAGCACAGAAUUUUAUGCUGUACAUCUAGUUGGCGGUGAUACUUUUGCUAACGUUAAAUAGAGCCAUGAAAUUGGGCCUGGUUCAUAGCUGAUAUUUGCUCAGCACUUUAGUAUGCCUAGCGAUAAUUUAUGUUUUUCAGGGCUAUGAAAUUAGGUCCAGCUUAGCAAAGUAUGGUUUUUCAUUUCAGUGCUUUCCCCCAAAGAGUUUCUGAUUGUUUUGCAUUCACCUUUCACCUUAACUUGCUAGGCAUUCCUGGAGUCUUCUUGAAACCCCCAAAAGCCUUCACUGUGCAGGAAACCAGCAGCAUAUUCCUUGCACUUUAACUUUCCCAGGUCAAUCCAACCGUGUGAAGUAACAGUGGCUAGGCUCUUCUUUAAUCCUGCAGAAUCCUCCAAAUCCUGGUGGAUUUUGAAGGGCUGAGGGAGGCUUUACAAAUUCAAGUAAGUGUAUGAUGACCAAAUGCAUGUUAGCCCCCCCCCAAAAAAAAUCUAAAGUUUAAAAACUGCUGUUAACAACUUGGCGUCUUCAGCACGAUACAGUAAUAUGUAACAAACCCCAUCUGCCAUUAAUGGCACUGUAACAUGAAAUUUUCACUUGUAUGUUUGUCAAUUUUGAUAACUUGGAAUGGUGGGUGUGUACACUUCUUUUAAGUUUUUGUCGUAGUUUUUAGUUUGUUUAUUUUAAUGUUAUGCACGUGACAUUUUCUGUUGUCAUACCGUGGUAUUAACAGCAAUAUUCAUAUGACCAUUUUCAUUUUCCUUUUUGGUCGACUUUGCUUACAAUGUAGACUUCCUGUAAUGCAUCUUUUGGGGCCAUAAUUAUAGUAUGUAUAAUUUUUUCUGCUUUGGUAAUUUUCAUUUGUUUUUUCCCGCAUUGAUUUGUGUCAAGAUGUUUUAAGUUAUAAAGUUGAUAUAUUUAGGCCCAAAUUAACACAUGAUAAGAUUGGAGUAGCGGUAGACCACAAGCCAGGAUUUAACCAUCCCUGUCUUCAGAGUCACAGUAAGAUAGUGGUAUUGUACUAAUAUUUCCAAGGAUGGAUUUACGCCGGGGAGAUGUUAAUUAAGUUUGGAUUUUUGGCCCUGCCUGAGGUGUAUGAUAACACUGUAUAUUCAGUGUUUGUACCACACACAUCGUCAGUCAUUGUACAUCAGUCAAUGACACUUUCUUUAUUUCUAGCAUACUUUUCUGCCUUUCAAAACCCAUUUUAUGUCCUCUUUACAUUGAUAUAGACGGUUAUUUUUUUUUCUAUUUCCCAUAACCUAUGUCCUUGUUAAUCACUUUAUUUCAGAUUUCCCGUCAACGUUUUCACAUAAACCACCGAGUCAUAUGUUAAUAAGAAACAACUCUUUAACAACUUCACUUUAGUUAUGGGCACAUUUUACUAAAACUGUGCCAACUGUCUCAUUUUGUUUUACACCAGAUUUUAAACGUACGUGUACCUUGCAGUGAGCAAAUAAGAAUGAUUUCAGUUUGAGUUGUUGCUUUUGCAUAAAGUUUACGUAAAGUGCCAAAUUAUUCCCUUUUGUAUGGAAAUAAGAAUGUUUUUUUUCUCAUGAAAAGACAAUAUUUGAAUGCAAGCUGAACUUUUGUUGUCAGUAUGUCAGUGAUAUUUUAAUUUGUCCGUCAGAUAAGCCGUUCAUAUUAUUUGCAGCAAGUAAAGCUGUUUCAUUGUAUAAUGGAGUUUAAUUUUAAGAAGUAAAUCUAACGGCUGCAAACAGCUCUCUUGGUAGUCACAGUGCAAGUUUGAUCAGCAACAUUGUAUUAACCACUGAUCAAUUUUGUCUGGUGCCUGGUAUCUACUACAUGCAUAGGGUGUCAGUUAAACUCAGCCAUUGGUUGACAAUUUGUCGCUGAUGCAACUUGCCCAUACGUGUGCUUCAGUAAUGUUGUGCAGGGUUGUAUCUGUUAUCAAAGUGUGAUGUCAGAAAAUCCAUGAUGAUUGUAAAUUAUGCAGUAGAGAAACCUCUUGCAGUGGCACCACUACUCAUUUGCAUGUCACGACACGUAUUCUUACUUGGCUUUAAGUUCUGUUCAGUGGGUUAAUCUGUUGGGUUAUUUGGGGGCUCUGUCUACUGAAAGGUCUGAUUUUUCCGAAGAACUUUUCUCGGCCUUGGAAAAAUGACAAGUUAUUUUUUUUUCCAUUUUGUACUGAAAUUGAGUCCCUUCGCACAGUAUAUCACAGAAGGGACACCUCUGAUAUAUUUCUGUAUAAAAUUUGUUAGGGAAAGACUCCUUCAGGAAACAUAUUUUGUUGAAAUAAAUCAUGCUUGUUGAAAUAAAUCUCUUGGGGUCUCUAAUUUUCACUGCCAAAAGAAUGCUGGUUUGAAGUUCCUUUCUUUUCUUUCAUUUUCACUGAAAGGAUAAAUAACUAAGAAGGGAAAAAAUUUCCCUGGUGGCUAAAAUUUCAAGAGAUAUCUGAGGAAAAAUAUAUACAUUAUUUGGCAGCUAUGUUUUACUUGCACUGUACCUGAUUUAAUCCAGAGAUAAGUGUUUUGCACGUAACUCAGUGUAGAUUUCUCAUCAUAUGCUGUACUGUACCAUUCUUCUACAAAAUAGCUUUCAGUGGCUUGAAUUUUUAAUUUCUACAAUAAAGCUGAUACUGAAUGGAAA